GAUGUUCUCCUAGCAACACCACCUCGCCAUAUGGUCGCUGAAGGGUCUGUUAACACACAAACCAACUCGGGCAGGAAAAAUGUACGUUUUGCAUCGAUAAGUAUUUGAAAGGCCGUCUGUUGACUCCGCAUGUUGACGUUUCGUGUUGCCUGUCCAAAUCUCUGAGGAACAGUUUCGUUCGGUUGACACUCGUCUGAACACGAAUACUUUUAUUCUCCUAAUUCAAUAGCUUGUUUUCGGUAGACAACGGUGGGGCAAUGACAAGCUUUGUGCUUCGAUAAACAUUACACAAGGAAGUGUACACAUCAUGGAGUUGGGGGAGUGGUGAAAAAGCCGAAAAGCAAAGGUUAGGCUUUAAUUUGUCAGUAUCGCUCUCUGUGUAUUUGCAACGGGAAAAGCUUGGAGUGUUAAUUACCGGAGUGUGAGAGGCAAUUUGAAAGCGAUCUGGUAAUGGAUCAACUUUUUGUACAUUGAAUCAAUGUAAAGUGAGCAUGGUGUUGUUGGAAUGCUGUGUUAAGUCGACCUUCGUAUGAUAUUGGCUACGACACCCGAUUUCAGACUGAAAAGCAGUGAGCGAUUGAAUGGGGGUGUUGUAGGGGAUCGUCGCAGUUGCAAGCGAUGUUCGCACAAAGGAAGAGCCAUUUGCGUGCUGUAUCAUCAUCCACAGCGGGGCUGAACACAUUGAGCACCCCAUCCUCGGCAUCCCCGGGCAGGAGGGUUCAAUCGUGGGUCUACGGGGAGCGAGACCCGGCCUCCAGACCCGGUCGACCAGUCCGAAGCUUCUCCGCAGAGUCACUACAUGUCAUCCCUCAGACCAAGGAUAUCAACUCGCAGUUCCAAACGGUCCUCGGGAAAUGCCUCUUCGACCAGGCCGUUCAAGGCGCCGAGGAUGGGGGUCAACAGUCACCGGUCGCCACCCGGGGCAUGACGCCGAUGCCAGGUAGCGGAUCACCCGGUAGCUCCAGGCCGGCCAGUAGCCAAGGUUCAACGGGAACUAAUUCGCCACUGAUGGAUACUAGCCGAACCACGAUCAGACUUCGACCGACCAGAUGUACCUCACCUUUGGUUAAAGGUAGCCGGUCGUUUGACUCGUACAUCAACAACGGCUCACUAGACCAAGUCGCCAUUGCCAAAGCCAGAGGGCCGCUGGAACCUCCCAAACCGUGCAUUUACAAAUAUAUACACAGGGUUAAAACAGCAUCAAAUAAUAACCUGAAUGACUUCUCUCUCAAAUCUGAAUUUACUGACAGUUUGAGGGAGAGCGAAAGAGAGAAGUACUGGAAGGGAAAAGUGGAAGAGAAAAUUAUCGAAGAGGAAAUGAACGAAAGGAAAGAGCGAGAGAAGGCAGAGAUGAUGAUCAUUUUGGAAGACAUGAAAAAGGAAUACGUUGUGAGAAAAGCCAAAGAGGAAGCUGAAUUAAGAAAGAAGCAGGAAGAACUGGAUAGAAUCGCAAAGGAGAAAGAGGAAAAAGAGGCUCUUAUGGCUGCAAGUAUUGCAAACCAAUGCAUUGCAGAUGAUACACUUUCUGUUAUUUCAAGCAGUAGUAAAAGCAGCAAAAAGAGAUCCUCAAAGAAAGGUGGACGUUCAAAAAAGGAUAAAAACUCGAAGAAAGGAAAGAGCUCCUCUAAAAAAUCAGCGAAGAAGAGAGCUUCCGUUUCCCCGUCGCGAGAUGAAAGCAACCAGGGAUCAGGUAGGAAUACGCCCCAGCCAAUACUCAAAUCUGACGGUAGGCGGCAGUCCAGUGCCGAACAGAGCGAAAACAGCAGCGGAACCGGUAAGACAAAACGAGUAACGUUCCGCAAGAACUUAGUUAGUUCAAAGACAUUCAAGUCAUCUAAGCCCGUCUCCCCCAAGAAAAUUUCUCCCAAGAAAUCGUUUCCAGGCUCAGCGGGUUCGGAGUCCCGUUCCUCCUCACCAACUCGCGGGGACAAGAAGUCACGAUCGAGCAGUCCAAAGGGCAAACGAACCCGGGGAAAGGGCUCCAAAAAGGGAACCAAGAAAAAGUCAACCGUUGAUGCAGAACCACAAGUUGAACCUCCACAGGAACCUGAACAAGUUCCAGAACCUGUCGAACCAGAAACAACAUUAGAACCGGAAGAACCUAAAGAACCAGUUGUUAUAGUUGUAGAUGAACCACCGGAAUUUAUCCCUGCUGUUGAUUAUAAGACUCGUAACCAAAUGGUUGAAGAGUGGCUUUACUACCGGACUAGUUCGGCUAACCGUAAGGCCAACCCUCCAAUUUUAUGACGUCAUUAUGACAUGACAAGCUUUGUGGAAGAAAACCUCCAUUUAAGAAUUUUGACAAUAUUUAAGAAUUGAUAUGAAUAAGGGUGUAUAAGACAUGCAGCAAUAAUUCUCGAAACACAAGGAUCAAGUUAUUUUCCUAUAACAGGUCAGUGAACGCUGUUAAGAUUGAACAUAUAUUUAACUAAUAUUUAAAUUUGAGUGUGGCAUUUUGGAAGCCAGACCACCACCAGGGCCCGCUUUUUUAAAGAGCUGCUUAGGCAAAACAAUUAGGUUAGCAUUAUGCUUUACCAGAAUAAGUUUACUUUGGGCUCAACUUCAUUAAGCCUGUUCACACAAAAAAUCUGCUAAGCACAGGAAAAUAUUGCUUAUAAAAAAUAGGUGACCAAAAUACAUUCGAUAAAGUUUACAUUGGUGCGACUGGUGCCCCACGCACGUUGUGCUUACCAAAGAAAUUGAUUAAGCAGUACUUUAUGAAACUGGACACAUGUCAAAAUAAAAUUUAUGACUGUUGUCUUACUCAUUUCUGCUCGGUAGAAAAUUUCUAGGCAAUAUUCUCUGCCUAAGCUGCUCCAUAAAAUUGGGCCCCGGUGUGAAACUGUGCAGUGCGCUCUUUCGGGAGAGUGCACGAUUGGUUAAAACGUUCACAACUAUAAUAUAACUUGCAAUGUUUACUUCCAAAUACACCUUUUUGUGGUGCCAUCUUGAUUCUUUCCCAUUUUAAUAAAUGUAACCAAACCGAUGCUAGAAGGGCAAAUAUACUGGUUCCCGUUUUGUACAAUGGGUAUUAGAGCACAAAUUACUGCUGUUUUAUACUGGGAACAUGACCAGUAUGGUGGAUGGUACUGAAUAGUUCUACUGAAAACGUAAAACAGAGAAAACAUUUGCAUUUUUUUCAUACAUUUUUCCUUAAAGAAAAAACGUUCAAUUAGAAAAAUUUCCAAGCCGAUUUUUUUGUUACGAUUGUUGAAGUAUGUGAAUGUUGAAUGUAGUGGUGAAAUCAUCAUUUUUUUUUUCUCUUUUGCCAAAUUAUCAGCACAAAUUACAAGGAGUACAUUUAUUUCUUGUGGUAUUAUGUUCAUUUGUUCAGUGCACGGUUCGCUAUAAGCACUCUCCGUCAGCCAGACCUGAUGUUUUGUGGUAAUUUCAGAGGCUGACGAAUCACUUUUAUGUA